AUGUUGACAAUAAUUUCCCCCAAACGUGAUCUCAAGCUCAAGGGAGUUCUGCCACUGCCCUUGACAAGGAACACAAGACAUAACAGCAUGCGUGUUUCGAUGUUUGACGCUGUGAGCGCAGCUUUUACUCUCACCGGCAAGAAUCGAACAAGAAGCCGGCCGCAGAUGACGAAUCAGCAGAUGAUGACCUCCCGGGAAGAACCCUGUUUCGACGAAAGCAGCAUCUAUAGCCGGGAUUUUUUUGACAUCCUCGGCACUAGUGCUAGUAACAGUAUCCAGGAAAAAACACCCAUCCCCAUCCAAUUUGUCAUGCAAAACAUGCAUAAAAUCCACCAUCUGUCAUGCAAAAAAUGGAUGGGGAUGGGUGUUUUUUCCUGGAUAAACAGCAAGGGGAUGAAACACGCCUCGGCUGCCGCCUCCAUUGUGAAUGCCAUGAGCAUGUCUGCUAUCCACAGCAAAUUUCCCGCACACAACGUACAAAUGCAGUUUCUGCAUGACAAGCUUUUCCUUGAAGCCUCUUGAGCAUUAGAAGCUGCUUCUUCUAAGUUGGUGAAGUUUGUGAUGCAUUUUGUACAUGUGCGGGAAAUUUGUAUUGCAUAUCUGCGAAUGCGAACCCAAGAUACCAGUACAGAUCCACGCAACCGCUCGUCAACGCGAAAAUCAUUCGGGGGAACCGGCAUCGACUGGGGAAUCCGCUGAAGGGAAGGGAUGUGGGGGUGGUGCCGGGAACGGGAAUAGGGAGGAAGCACUUAAUAGGAGGGGUGUGGAAGUGACAUGAAGAAGGUCAACACUCGUGCGAGUCGUUACAUCGUUGUUCUGGGCAAUGCGUCGGCACACUACGCCGCCUUGGCAUGCUUUUUUCCCAGAUCCAGAUGCGAAAAGGACCUGAGGAAGUAGGCGAACUAUGACUAACCGCAACCGAAACGAU